GAAGUGUGUCCGGAAAGACAGUAUCCAGCACCAAGUCAAGUUAAAAUCCAAACAUUCUUUUUCCACUUGCCUUUUUUUGUAAAUGUCAAUUGAUGUAUACAUUUUUCACAUCAGAAUGUUUGUCCAUCUAAUCAUUAAUUAAACUAACUGUAUAAUUAACUGUUUAACACAUGCAGCUCACCUGAACAUUCAUACAACACACACACAGAAAAAACAUCAAAAAACAAACAACUACUAAACAAGAUUUGACACAAUAGUGAUAUCAUGAAAAUGUGGAAACAUCGACAAGAUCAUAUUCACAUCUGCGCGCACAAACACACACACACUAUGGAAAAAGCUGUAACAGAGCUGCUGUUUAUUGACCAAGCGACAGAAAUAGUGAACAAAUGUACUUGCUGGUAACUGUGGUAUGUAAAUAAAACACAUAUACGUGGUGCUUUAAAAAGGCCACGUCUGUAUUUCGGACUCUUUUAAUGCUAUUCAAGUCUGAUGCUCGCUUUGGUUUUCCUGAGAGCUUCAGUUAUAGUAACACACACAAUCUUCUAUCUGUCUGAGUGUUCAGCUUCAUCAUGGCUGGACGUCUGCUGCUCAUCAUCCUCAUCUAUUCCUUUCAUGAGAUUCAUGCACAAGCUCUUCUUCCACCUAAACUGACAUGUUAUUUCUACACUUUAAGUGGAGGAAUUGUCAGAAGCUUCUCUUGUCUGAAGACACUGACAGCGAGUGAGCUGCUGAAGAUGUCAUAUCUGAGUUUGCCUGCUGAUGUUAAAGUGAAAUGUUCUUACCUUCACGGGUCUCAAUCUCCAGAGAGUGAUACGUCCUCCAUCGUCAUUCGAAGAUCUCUUCCACCUAAACUGACAGUGAGUCCAGCGGUGAUCACAGAGACAGACUCAGUCACACUGAACUGUCAGACUCCAUCAUCCGUUACUGUGUCUCAGUGUAAUUUCUACACUGUAAGUGAAGGAAUCGUCAGAGUCUUCUUGUCUUCUUGUCUGAAGACACUGACAGCGACUGAGCUCCUGGAGAUAUCACAUCAGAGUUCACCUGCUGAGGUCCAAGUGAGAUGUUUCUACAAGAUUGGAGAGUUAAGUUCAACAUCCCCAUACAGUGAAAUAUCCUCCAUCAACAUACACAGUCUAAAGCCACAGAUGAGUCUUCAACAUUUUCUUAGUUACUGUGUUUUCUUCACCUGCGCCGUGCCUGGAUCUGCUGAUGGUGGUACACGAUGUAACCUGUACUUUGGAGAAGAAAGUCUUCAAGUCCAAACAAGAAAAAUCUGGAAGGAAACAACCUCAAAGAAACAGUCGUUCUGCCGGUUUACUGUCACAAUUAAUGAUUUGCUGAGUUAUCUAAGUUCAGUUCAACAAAGAGAUGCCAGCUGUGAUUACAGUUUGGGAAGUGAACCCAACUCUUUGUCUCCUCGUAGUGAUGCAUACAGCUUGACUGACAUUGUGGAGAAAGAGACACAUGUGACUGAGAGUCUGCCGACAUUUCCUGUGACCACAGGUAGGACGUUAUUAUCCAGAUCAUCAUCACAGAGCUCUUACUAUAUGUCUUAGUUUGAAAGUAAAAAGAUUUUUUAUGCAGGUCUGACUGUUACUAAGCUCCAUACUUU